GUCAUUUCAGAUACAUCAAUCAAGGAAUCCCCUCCUGCAGAAGAGUCUCCAAAGCCGAAAGUAGAACCGCCGACUACGGAAAGUACGCCACAGGCAACAGGUGACAAUACACCUAAGACCUGGGCACAUCGUGUUGGAGGUGGUUCCAAGCCAGCCGCUGCUCCCGCAUCAGGAAAUGUUCCUCAGAAAUCGUCGCCCGCCCCCACAGGUGGGAGUGGUGGUGCAACUCCACGCACGCAGCAACGCCCCCAAGUGCAACCAAACGGAGGUCCAGUUGCCCAAGGGGAGCGCCGUAUAUAUCUAGGCGGCAUUGUCAGAAACAUGGUCCCUGAUAACACAAAUAUCGCUGAACAAGAGAUCAAGGAUGCGUUUUCAAAAUAUGGCGAGGUAGAAUCGGUAGCUAUACCACGAAAAGUUCUCGAUCAACCAAACGACACAUCUCGUAAUGGAUUUGCCUUUAUCUCUAUGAGAACACCUGCAGACGCCCAAAAUGUCUUCCAGAAAGCGCGAAAAGACGAUCGCGGCAUUUACCAUCUUCAAUUGUGCCUUGAAGCGUUCGGCUUUGAUGGCGAAGUGACGAUUUCUGAGCAGAAAGAUCGCAUUGAUCGCCCUGGUGGAGGAUUCCGUGGAGGUCGUGGCGGAUUCGUCCCUCGUGGUGGAGCUGGUUCAUUCACACGCGGAGGUGGCAGAGGUCGCGGAGGUUUUCGUGGUGGUUUCAUCAACCAGAACGCUAACCACUGA